CCUGAUAACAAUUUUCUGGCAGAAGUUUCUUUAACCACUUACCGUCUGGCCCAUGUACAUAAAUGGCCUGAUAGGAGCAGUGCCAAAGUGGGUCACCAUUUAUAAAAGGCCCCCGCAUUCCCUGCCUGUGCGCACUCCAUGGGAGCACGCGGCACAGCGAUCUAGUGCCUGCUGUGUCCGGAGGAACACCGAUCACUGUACGGGACCUCUGUGUGAGGUCCCGAUCAUGUGAUCAGUGAUUGGCCACUUCCUGACAUCAUUGCUUACUACUUGUGAAAUCUGUGAAUUAUCACAGAGGUCACAUGCCUAAUACCAUGUGACAAACUGUGACCAAUCACAGCUCUCACAGUAUUUCUCAAUGGCUGCAAGAAUGCAGCCAAAGAGAAGGAGAAAUAAUUGCUUUUACAGCCUUUAUGGGUGUAAAAGCAAUCCGUGUAAAAAAA